AAUGUCACCUCCAUUAAUUUAAACAAUGGAGUUGGGAGUUAAAACAAGUGGAGUAGGUGUACCAACCAAGAUAAAAGACAGCGGACGCGGUUUCUUUCUUUCGGUAAAGCACCAGCUAAUAAGAACAUCAGCCGAUCUUUAUCACUAUCUGAACGCUGUACUAGUGCUGCUCCUCUCACUCUGCCUUAUGAUCGUUGACGUCGCCACUCCUCGAUUCUCACUUUGCUGCUUUAAUUUGUCACUUUCAACCUCUUCCUUGCCUCGAUCGCUUCUCUUCAUUCAAAACUCUGGUACAUAGCUUCCCAUUCCCUUCCUUGCUUUAUUUAUUUUUUUCGAAUUUCCAUGUUAAGUCCAUCAUCCGUUUCUUUUGUGGAUAGAUUUUUCUAAGGAUAUUGACCAGUGAAUGGUGAUGAUUCUUUGACAUUUAAUUUUCUUUAGAUCUUGACUUAUAUAUCUUUGCACUUUAUACGGUUUAAUCAAGUUUAAUUAUCUUUUAUUGUUUUACCUUGUUUCUAUACAUGUUUCUUGUUCUUUAUAGAAACGUUUGGUUUGAGUUGGAAGAGUGAGGAAAAAAUUGCUCUAUUUAGUUAUAAAAAGAAUUACAGGGGAGAAAGUUUUUUACUUUAAUUUUUUUUAAUAAAUGGAGGGAGGAGAAGAAAGAAGGAGAGGGAGAAAAAUAAAAUGAUAUAACAUCGUACCCCCGAUCGAUCAAGGAUAGGAGGUUGUAUCUUGCCAGAUCUAGCCGAAUAAUUAUUUAUUAUAAUU